GAUCUCAAAGAAAUGCGUGAAAUGAACACGAGCCCUUAAUCCCGAUAUACGUGGUGGUGGCACGGAAUGUGUUGAAAUUACGUGUCGGGACCACGGAAACAACACACAUACAAAGUCAAUGAAGCUAAUUUGUCGUGGUGGACACACGGAUUCCCGGGUUCAACAACGUCACACAGUGGGCGGCGGUAAAUGUUGUUUUCUAGUUUAGGAAACGUCCUCCUUUUAUAAUUUAUUAUAUUGAAUUUGUUGCUAUUUUUGUUGUCUAAAUAACAGUAAAUUAUUUGUUAUUUAACUAUCUAUUUAUAGAUGGAGUAGUUUUAAAGAAUUGCCCGAGGCAGUGUUAAAUAGAUUGUUCCCUUUACGUUAUUAAACCCUUUACGAUAAUUUAUGAUUUUCAAAUGAAUUUUCUGUCAUAGCAUCGAAUAUUAUUAAUAAUUAUUCUUACGAAUCAGAAAACUUUCAGUGGUUACCGCGGCCUUUGCUGUUAUUUCUUUAGUUGUAGUCAACCCUGGAGAUUAGGUUGAAUUUGUUACUGUUGCAUUCUCAUUUACACGGCUACCCGCCGCUAUCCAGCCAAAUGACAGCUGUUCCCGGCACAGCUGGAUUGUGGCACUGCUAACCACUGCUACCAAAAUCAGUUUAAACUCAUGUAUUUGUCCAUGUGUUGUGAAGACAACAAUUAACAACGAGUUGUUGCAGUGGUUAAUGUUUUAUUCAAAGUGCGAAGUAAAUGUCAGAAGUGUAACUAAGGGGAAUUACCAGAAUCAGGGAUGGACUGGAAUAAAAAAGUGGACCUGGAGUCUUUCCAGAGGAUUUGACUGCUCAGUGCGACUUAAUGUCAUAUACCUGAUAUAAUCAAUGCACAAUUAAAUAGAGAGAUAUAGAUAGAAUAACCUGUAACUCUAUGGUGCCAUACUUUUGUAAGACUUUGCCAUUUCAGAAGACACUGAAAUCAUCAUGACAUAAUUGAGGGUAAUUGUUACUUUAGUUAUGUGUGACAUUGAGAAGACAGAGCAGUGGAUAUUCUGAGAAGCAUUUUACGCAACAGGACAGAAAAAGACCACUGUUUCCAUUAUUUGUAGGCCUAAAUAAAAAUAGAUUUGUGUAUGUACUUGCUUGUGUCAAGUGACUGUGGUACAAAUCUGACAUUUGUACGGUAAGGAUUGAUUUGUAUUUUGAUAUGAUAUUUGUGCGUAGUGGUUGUGAUUGAUUAAUAUUUAUAUUUACUCUGUCCUAACAAUUAAGAAAUGCUCAUUUACUACAAAGGCUAUUCUAAUAAUCUUUUGCUUUUUCCUGUUUUACAGCUUUAUUGCAACACUUUUUGCCUUCACCAACACACACAUAUAUACACACACGCACACAAAUCAAAACAACGGCACUUUUAAGAGCCACUCUCUCUCUCUCUCUCUCUCUCUCUUUCUCACUUGUCUCUUUCGAUCACUCUCUUUCUCUAUUUCUUCAUCUUGUUUUUUUUUUUUUUUUGUGUAUUGUUUCUAUUUGUAUGUGAUGUCCCUAAAUUCUGACGUCAGGGUCUUUGAUGAUCCCAAUGAUGCCAGGAUCCACAUGGCAGCAUUGAUUAGUGAUGCUUAUCUCCAUGAUGCCAGGGCUGCCAUGGCCAAGAAAAACCCUGCCUUUCCCCAAAGAAAAAUGAGAAAAAGCAGGAAGAGAUCCCUCACUAAUCCACUGGUCACAGGCAGGUGUGAAAAACAUCGGGAAACACACUGCCCUGCAUCAGCUGCUUCUCAAUCCAGAAGAAGGGAUCCAGUGCAUGAGGAAGGCCUUCAGAUAGAAGAUCAAGAGUUGGCAAGUCUUGAAACAAGACUCCAAGAGUUAAGGUACACUAUAACUGCAGACCAGGUUACGGAGGGAACAGACAGAAUGGUUUCUGCUUGGGAACAAAGGCAGCUUCUCACAGAUGUGAGAAUGAAAACUGCUAGGCCUAUGCUUUUUGAUGCAAAGCUCUCAGCCGAGAGAGUAUCCGUCCAAAAUUGUCACAGAUGCUGUGCUGUAGAAGCUGUGAUUAGGUGCCUGGACUGUGUACCACUGGACAUGGAGUACCUCUGUGCUACCUGUGACAUGGAGGCCCACAAGAGAAAUAUCUUCCAUGACAGAGAGGCUGUGUUCCAUGGAUUUCUUGAGCCCAUUCCCCCUACAACUGCUGUGGUGCUGAAUGAAAAUGGCCAGCCUCAGUUUUGUGAACAAAUAUGUCAGCUGCCUGUUCCUGCACCAAGGUCAAUUUGUGAAUGCACACAUGACUUCACAAUCACUCCAGGGAAGCAUAUUUCUGUGGUCACCAUCAAUGGACGAUACGAUGUCUGCUUGCCUCGGAAAUCCUGUUCAUCAUGCUCUGCAGAGUGGACUCCCGAGUUGAAAGACCUGCUCAUUUAUCGGUACUGGCCAGCUAGCACCAGCUGCCAGACCCUGUACAAGUUUGAUGUCUUCACCUCGUUUGAACAUAUGAAGGUGACGGCACCAGCCAUGUCCAGGCAGGCCUUCCUGAAAAUGUUGGAGCACAGAUCUGUUCAAGCUGGAAGGACAGGUAGUAUCUGUGCUGAUACAUUUCAGCGAAGCUUUUUUGAGUUUACCUUCUGUCAAUACAAAGAAGAGGAUAUGUGCCAGGUCCAUCAUUUUGAGUGUCCAGCAUGUUAUCCAGACAUGUUGGCUGUCUGCUCUGAUGGGAACCGAAAACAUUACCGCUUCAGCAAGUCAAAAGGGACUGAGGAGCCACCCAUAUACGAGGGCUUGUUCUUGGCCAAGGACGAGGAAGUUGCUACCUUUGUUGACCUCGUCAGAGGCAACAUGAGAAGUGCAAAUGAAAGUACUGCCAAGUUCACCGCUGGCAGAGAGAUGUCAAAAAAGUCUGGUGCUCAGAUAGACGAGGAGGGCAUUCAAGUUGCAGUUUGCAGACAUGGGUUUCUCUUACGAGGACUGAACCAUUACCGUGGAGAAAUAUUUGCUUACCCAAUGUUUCUUCAAAGAGAGAUGUCAAAGAAGGCAAAUGUUACCUUCUUCUGUAUGGAUGUUACAUGCAGGUACUGGCCCUACCUUAACAAAGUAGCAGAGGGUUUACCAGAGCUUCUGCCAUUGACAGAAAUGAGGCCAUUUCUGAGCGUCAUGCAUGCCAAAGCCCAUACAGCAAAAUGCGAGCUGCUUUUGUAG